AGGACCAGGAGAAGGUCUUCUUUGGGAUCCAAGCUGACAGCAGGGUCUUCGCCCUGUAUCACACACUCCUUAUGGAGCCUGAGGGUCCUGUCCCCAGGGUGGAGCCAGCCAGGCCCAUCCCCAUCCUGGCCACCACCAGGUGAGAGGCUGGCUGAGAGUCAGGGCCAGGGGGCCACGCCCACCCCCGUGCCUGGCCCAGGUGAGCAGUGAGGGAGGCUCCAAGGUGUGGUUUCAGGGCAGAGGUCCAGGGGGAGGGCUUUGUUCCUCAGUGUCCAUGUCUGUGAUGGGGGUUCAAGAGUCCUCCCCCCUUAGAGUGUUCUGGGGAUCACACGUGACUGUGUUCCUGGCCUUAAAGGGUGGGCAUGGUCUGGAGAGGCCAGGAGGACUCUCCCUGCCAUCUCUCUGGGCUCUGAGGUCGUCUCCCACACACCUGGAGUGUGGGUCCCAAGCUCUCCUCUAGACCUAAUGCCCCUCCUGGACACCUGUCCCUCCCAGGCACUCACCUCCUGUCUCUCCACCCACUGAUCAGCAGCUCUCUACGCUGGCCCCCCAUCCUCCAUGCUGGCCCCCCAUCCUCCACGCUGGCCCCUGUCCUCCCCGAGUCCCUCCUCACUCACUUGUCCCUCCAGCCCAGCUGGUGCCUGGUUAGUGGGAGACCAGCAAAGAAGCUCCUGGCAUCUGGAUAGGAGGCGAUGGAGGGCCCUCCUGGGAUGCAGGAGGCCUGGCUCAUCUCCAGAGGCACAUGGGGAAGAGGGAUGGGUCGAGACACCUUGGUGGGGCCGCGGGGAGCAGGCGGGGGGGUCCUCACCUCUGGGACAUUUGGGAGGCCCUGUCUCAUAGGGGGUGAUGCAGAAGGGUGUGGCUCCGCAGUCAGAUGCGCUGCUGUGUCACGUCCUGGUAGCACUGGGCAAGUCACUCCGUCUCUCUGAGCCUCAGUCUCCACAUAGGCAAAUGGCUGCCAGGGGUAUAAUAGAGGGUCCCUGAGUACAAAGGUGUAGGGUAUGCUCUGGACAUAUGGGGGCUCCAGGUUGGAGGUGUGGCUGCAGGUGCGGGGUUGGGCCAGUGUCUGGCAGGGAAUGGUGUGCAGGACUGAGGGUCAGGGUCCUGGGAGGAGUGGGGCCACCCCUGAGAAGCCCGUCGUGGAGCCACAGGACAGCUGGACCACGGGAGGACCGAAGGAGGUGGGGGGAUGGGCUCCUGAUGAGUCCUGGAUUCUCCAGUCAGGGCAGAAUCCGAAUCGUCAACUUUGUACUGAACAGCAAGAUGGCAAAUGGUGGUAAGGGCCAGAGGGGCAGGUGUCCUUUCUCAGCCCACCAGGGGGCUGCUGGCGUUGGGGAGCAGUUGGGUCCUCCCACCCCUCACUCCCUGUGACCCCGGAAUCCCUGUGACUGCAGACACACUAGAGGACUUGGUCAGGGAGGGGGUCUUUGAGACCAGAUUCGCUCUGCACAAGGGGCCCGAGGCACUGGUGAAGACGUGGGCCCAGUGGAGAAGCAUGGUCCACAAGCAGCCGAUUGAUGCUAUCAGGGACUACUUUGGUGAGAAGGCGGCCCUGUACUUCGCCUGGCUGGGCUGGUACACCUACAUGCUGGUGCCUGCUGCCGCCAUGGGCCUCAUUGUCUUCCUGAGUGGCUUCGCCCUGUUCGAGGCAAGCCAGAUCAGCAAGGAGAUCUGUGAGGCCCACCACAUCCUUCUGUGCCCUCGUGGUGACAACAGCCGCAGGUACCAGCGGCUCUCGGACACCUGCACUUUUGCCAAGCUCACCCACCUCUUUGACAACGAGGGCACUGUGCUGUUUGCCAUAUUCAUGGCUCUGUGGGCCACGGUGUUCCUGGAGAUCUGGAAGCGGCAGCGAGCUUGUGUGGUCCUGCACUGGGACCUGUAUGGGUGGGAUGAGGACCAGGAGGAGAUGGCACUUGAGCUCAUUAACUGCCCCAACUACCAGCUGCGGCCACACCAGCACUCCUACCUGAGAAGCACCAUCAUCCUCAUCCUGUCUCUGUUCAUGGUCUGCCUCAUGGUCGGCAUGGCCCACGUCCUGGUGGUCUACCGCGUCCUGGCUGCUGCCCUCCUCAACGCAGCCGUGCCCUUUCUGGGGAGGCAGGUGACCACGGCUGUGGCCGUGACUGGGGCGCUGGUCCACUAUGUGACUGUCGUCAUCAUGACCAAGAUCAACAAGUGUGUGGCCCUGAGGCUUUGUGACUUUGAGAAGCCCAGGACCUUCUCGGAGCGAGAGAGCAAGUUCACCAUCAAGUUCUUCACACUGCAGUUCUUCGCCCACUUCUCCUCCCUCAUCUACAUCGCCUUCAUCCUGGGCAGGAUCAACGGUCACCCUGGGAAUUUGGUGCUCCUGGCAGGGCAGUGGAAGCUGGAGGAGUGCCAUCUCAGUGGCUGCAUGAUGGACCUGUUCCUGCAGAUGGCCAUUAUCAUGGGUCUGAAACAAACGCUCAGCAACUGCAUGGAGUACCUGGGCCCGUGGCUGGCCCACAAGUGUCGCUUGAUGAGGGUCAAGCGGGGCUGCAGGUCCCGGGACCCAGAGCUGAGGGACUGGGAGCGCAACUACUGCCUGAACCCAGUCAACACCUUCAGCCUGUUCGAUGAGUUCAUGGAGAUGAUGAUUCAGUACAGCUUCACCACGGUCUUCGUGGCUGCCUUCCCGCUGGCCCCGCUCCUCGCGCUCUUCAGCAACCUCGUGGAGAUCCGGCUGGACGCCAUCAAGAUGGUCCGGCUGAGGCAGCGCUUGGUGCCCCGCAAGGCAAAGGACAUCGGGACCUGGCUGCAGGUGCUGGAGACCAUCGGCGUGCUGGCGGUCAUUGCCAAUGGGAUGGUCAUCGCCUUCACAUCUGAGUUCAUCCCCCGAGUGGUGUACAAGUACCACUAUGGCCCAUGCCGACAGGGGGCCCACCCUGCAGUCGACUGCCUCACGGGCUACGUCAACCACAGUCUGUCUGUGUUCUACACCAAGGACUUCCAGGACCCUGUCCGCAUAGAGGGCUCGGAGAAUGUGACUGAGUGCAGGUACCGGGACUACCGCAGCGCUCAGGACUACAACCUCUCGGGGCAGUUCUGGGUCCUCCUGGCUGUCCGCCUGGCCUUCCUUAUCCUCUUUGAGCACGUAGCCUUGUGCAUCAAGCUCAUCGCUGCCUGGUUUGUGCCUGACGUCCCUCAGGCAGUGAAGAACAAGGUUCUGGAGGAGAAAUACCAGAGGCUCAGGGAGAAGCUGUGCUCCCGCCCCAAGAGCACAGACGUGUAGAGGACCCAGAGCUGGUCAAGAGGGGCUGGAGCCCAGGAGCAGAGACGCAGAGCCACUGCCACCAGCUCCCACCCCAGCCAUGGCUGCACAUGUGUGUGGCAGUGGGGGUGGGCUGUAAGAAGGCCCCGUGCAUAUGGGCCCCAGCAGGCCCCUGGUUUGGGAUGUCCUGAGUGGCACCUAUGUCUGUUAGAGCUCAGGCUUGGCACAGCCUAACCUGAACUGAGUGAUCCCUACCACCCACAGCACUGGGGAGGGGGCUUCUCAUGCAGUCGCAAAGCAGGCCUGGGCCCUACCCCCAUCCCACCUGACCCCACCUUUCUGGCUUUCCUCAGCCAGCAGAACUUUCUAAAAUAAAACUAAACCUUUCUGUGUUAA